AUGGGUGAUGAAAAGGAAUACUAUGGGUACAUUUCGGGGUAUGAUCCGGGAGGAUCCUGCGAGAAAGUUGAGUUUAAUAACAUGGCAUUUGAUAGGGAAAAUGAUGAAAUAAAGAGCUUACAAGAUAUCAACAAGCACUUCCCAGUGACAGACAGUUUGUACUAUGAUGAUCAUUUAGAAGGAAAUAUUAUAUAUAAUAAUGGGUUUCCAUCGUAUCGCAUGGUUAAUACUAAUUCGAGUAAUAACGUGAACAAUUUUCCCAAAAUUUUACAAAAUGAAGGAAUAAAUAGCAACAUAGCUGAUAAUAGAAUUAUAGUAAAUACAGAUUCUUCAGGAUCAACUAGUAGUAAGAAUAGUGAAAAUUACGUUGAUCGACCAGUGAAUGAUAUGAAUGGGAUAGCGGAAGCAAUAAAGGAAUUGGCCUCUAGACUACCAAUGCCUCCAUCACCUGACCUUUUAAAAUCAGUCCACCCUGAGCUUGCUGUUAAACUGCAGUUAACAUACCUCAAGGCCUACAUACAGAACCAACAACUCCUAAUGGAUCUGACCCAUUCCAAGACUCAGAACAUUCAUAGUAGUAAUAUAAAUAGUGGUAACGGUUUGGAUAUACCUAGCUUUGGUAAUAAUUUGGGAACUAAUUCUCAGUAUUCUUAUCCAAUUGUCGAAAUUAAAUCUUCGUAUCCUCAACUCACUAAUACAUUUACAAAUAACUUUUAUAACCAGGCCAGAGAUACAGCUGAUUUGUCAGCUAUCCCACCAGAGCAAUCAGGAAUGAUACAGCUUAACAGUUCUUUAAUGAGUAAACAAGCAGGGAAUGAUAAUUCAAUUCUAAACGACAGUGUAGAAGAGUUUGGACAAACCAAUGGAUAUUUACAGCUUGCAAAUUAUCCUCAAUUUGCCAACUAUCCAAAUUUCUACUCUCAACCAACUAACCAACUCAGCACUCAGUUGGCAACUUAUCCUCAAUUAACUAAUUAUCCACAACUUACAAAUUACCCUCAGUUGGCAAAUUAUCCACAGUGGACCAAUUACCCUCAGUUAACUAAUUAUCCUCACAUAACUGAGGGUGGCUCUUACGAUUACUCCAACAGAUCUUUGGAUAAGGUUGGAGAGUUUGGGUAUGAUGGAUUUAAGAACGAAAAUCCAGUGGAUCUGGUCCCAACUGAGUACCGGGACAGGGUGAAGUACAAUUCCGCCAAAAAAUCUUUCGUUUCGGUGUACUUGAACUCUCUUGGCCUGAGAAAAAGGAAGUCCUUUUCAAUCAAUAAAUUUGGGAUUAAAAACGCUCUCAAGUUGGCCAUUAACUUUGCCAACUCCCUAACGACUGUUGACAAGGCCUGCGCUAAUGGUUUAGGCCAAGAUAAGGUUAGUGGGAGUAAUCGUGAUGACGAGUUGGAUGACGGCGUGAAAUUGGCUAUAAGAGAGCGAAACCUGAUUGAAGACGUUUGUGAGCAGGUGUUGAAGAGGAGUUCGGGGAGUGUGGAGAGUUUUGAAGGAUUUGAACGUGCUCUUGGAAUGGCUCGGAUCCGUGGGCUAGUAUAUAGCCUCGGAGCCAAUGUUUGGAUGUGUAUUUUCUAUAAGAAACGGAAACGUAAGCUACAGUUCUUUGGGGUUGAUGAAUUUGGUUUUGAGAAGGCCUUCCAAAUGGCCCAAAACUUUUUCAAUACUAAUCCUCAACUAGUGCGUUCCAAGCUUUCAGGAGCUAUUUCCUAUUGGUUAGAAUCUAAUCCAUCCAAAACUCUCAAUGUCAUUUUCAAAACCAAGCCUAAUAGUUGUAACCCCAAUACUACAGAUAUUUCAAAUUCUGUGGAAAAUGGACUGAGUAGUAAUUGGGAUGAUAGGGAAGUGUUAUAUGUAGGAAGGUUUGAAAUUGAAGUUUAUGGCGGCUUUCUACAGGCAAAGAGAGCUUCACAGACUUGGUGUAAUCAGGUUAAAAAAUUUCAUUCGUCGGGACCAUCAAACACCCAAGUUGUAAAUACAGGCAAUAAUCAGUGUGAUAGUAUAAACAGGCUGGGUUACGUGUAUUAUAGCGAUAACGAUAAGAAGUGGGUGGUGGUGAGCAAAAGCGGGAAGGAAGACUUCUCAGUUGAGACCUUGGGGCAUUCAGAGGCCAAAAAACAGGCCAUUGCACUUAGACACAAAAAUAUUUCUAACUAA